AUGACUGUAGUAACCGCGUCCAAAUAACAGCGCGCACUGCCCAGCCAAGUUAACUUCAUUUUAAACCGCCUUCUGUUAAUCUGUUGACCUCGGGUUCCUUUGACCGAGAUUUUGUUUGUUUCUAACGCUUAAAUUGGAAACUAUGAGCAUUCCAGUGGUAGACUUUAGUGCGGGCAGCCUCGAUGUAGAGAAUAUUUCCAACGCAGACCUCCAUCAACUAAGCAGAGGAUUAAAAAUGGCUUUCACUGAAGUGGGCUUCGUUUUCCUGGAGAAUACUGGCAUCACACAGGCGGAGGUUAAUCGCGUCAUGGAUGUUUCCAGGAGCUUCUUUCUACAGCCAGAUCACCUCAAGCGACCAUUCAGCAGGAAAACUUUCCCAAACAGUCCCAACCACGGCUGGGUAUCGUUAGAAACUGAAAGUUUAAAUCCACAAAAACCAGGAGAUCUGAAAGAGGCAUUUAACCUGUCUUCGCUGCAUCCUGAUAUAAAAUGGCCCUCAUCUGAAGAGGUUGCUGGGUUCCAAGAGAUCCAGACGGCUUUUUUCCACCGCUGCAAGGAGCUGAGCCUUCGGAUUUUGAGGGUGAUGGCCCUUAGUCUGGGUUUGGACCCUGACAUCUUCCUCAACACGCACCGCCUGAUUGGAACUGAUGAGAACGGAACCACCUUGCGUUCGCUUUACUACCCACCGGUGAAAAGCGAGCUGGCCAAGGAGGGUCAGCUGCGAUGCGGGGAACAUUCCGACUAUGGGAGCAUCACCUUGUUGUUCCAAAGUGACGAAGGACUCCAAGUUUGCCGACGUUCGGGCGAGUUCAUCUGCGCACCUCUUGUGCCUGGAGCCGUCCUCGUCAACAUCGCUGACCUAAUGCAGCGUUGGACCUCGGACCACUUUCUCUCUGUGCUCCACAGAGUUUUACUCCCACCGGUCGGAAACUCCAGCACUCGACAGUCCCUGGCCUUCUUUGUCCAGCCCGACGAUGAGGCUGUGGUUUCCUGCAUCGACGGUUCCGACAAGUACCCCCCUGUCCGUGCAGACGUCUACCUUAUCGAGCGUUUCAACCACUCCUAUGGCCGGACGUGACCUCCUGUCAACAACACCAUGAAUGAGGAGCAGCAUUAUUCACUUGGUUGCGCCAAGAGUGCCUUGCAAUUUCCGUUGAAUGUGGCACCUGAACUGCACAUUCCUCACCACCAUGCAGACAGUAACUGAUGCUACUCCCUUGUUUAUCUUCAACUUGAGCAUUUUAGCCUUAUACAGAUUGAAUCUAUUCAUCAAUAGGAAACAAAAAGAACAACCUUUAUUGAAUUGAAGGAGAUAUGCAGUGAUUGGCACCUAUCAUUCAAGAAAAAAAUAAUCUGCAUAAAGUACUUUUUCACAAGCACGACGUCAAUAUCAGACGUUAUGAGCAGCAAAGAUUAUUUUCAAAUUGAACUCAAAUCAUGUUUGGAGGUUAGAGAUGAAUAUAGCAUAAAUGUCUAACACUAAACCAGUUGUUCUUAAGCUUGCUAAAGGUAUAGAACCCCACGGGUCUCACAGGUGCAUUCACUGAACCCUAUGGAUUUUUUUUUUUUUUUUUUUUGUCACGAAUUCAAAACCUAGCAAGCUAACAUCUAAGUGAAUUCCUGUUCAAAUUUCUUCCAGAUUUAUAAUUUACUACAAAUAAUUUUGCCUUUUGCUGUUGAUUUUCACGUUGAUAAAUAAAAUCAGUCAUUUAAUUUCA